AUGGAUUCUCAAGGCUUCUCCAACCAUUGGGGGUCCACCACCACCCGAGUGGUAUUACCCCAAGGCUUCCUGGAGCACCCAAAGAGGAGAAGACUAUGGAACCGGGUUUACCAACCCCCCUACUACGAAGAACAAUCAGACCCUUGGAUAUUUCAAGAACACUCUCAUUAUCAAGAAGAAUUCCUCCCACAACUAGAAGGGCCAUCAGAUCUUGAUUUAGCCACAGCCUUCACGGGCCACUCUGAAGAGCCAUGCUACACUUCACUGGAAGAUCCGAACAAACAAUUAAGGCUUCUCGUGGAGCAGUUUGCUCGAGACACUGAGAGAUCAUGCUCCACGAUGGAUCUUGAAAUCCAAGCCCUUGCCCCUUCCGAUCCCUCAUUUCUCCACGAAAUGGAGGAGACUGUUCAGUGCUCAGCGAAGCAAACAUAG